UAUGAUAGAAUUUCCACCCGACUCCGUUAUUGCUUUGAAACAGAUUGUUAGCAUAUGUCGUUUGGCAAACAGAACAAACAGCAAAAAAGCCGAAAUACAAUGCGACGCGCAUGAUGAAAAGGACACGGAAGUAAAGCGUAUAUGUCGUUCAGAUGAAAGGACGAGAGAGAUUCGAACCAAUGCAAAAUUUGACAGUGAAACUGUAGACAACUAUUGGAUAGAAGUUCAUGUAGCGGAUAAAGGAUUAGUAUCCAAAUCCGACGUGACCUUCGUUAAUAUUGAUAUAAAGGACGUCAAUGAUAAUGCUCCAAGAACAUCACAGCAAGUCUAUAGACCAUCCAUCCCUGAGAAUUCCCGUCCGGGACGACCCGUCAUACAAUUGAGAGCUACUGACCAAGAUCGGGUUCCAUCAAUAAUUACAUACGAAAUAAUUAAAGGAGAUCCCCAGCACUUUUUCAAGAUAGAUAACUAUACUGGUGAGUAUGAGAUUAACACGCCAGGUUUUCUUAAAUGCUCGUCUGUCUGA